AAAAAUAUUAGUGUCUUUCAUGUGAGUUUACACUUUUUUGUAAUGUCGCUCCAUAAAUAUUCAUACGCCGGAAGUAGGAAACAGCUCACCGCCAUUUUUAGGUAAAUUAGAUACAAAAAAUCCUAGAUUUAAUCAGGAAGUGAGUCAUCAUGGCCGAAUGCGAGGAACAAGUUGAGCAAGUUGAGCAGACAGAGGAUGAAGAAGAUGCUGCAAAAUUAGCGUACAAACCCCCUGCAGAGAAAUCGAUAGAUGAAAUAUUGAAUACAGAUAAAGAAGAUGAAAGUCUAAAAAAAUACAAGGAACAGUUAUUAGGAACAGAUCAAAAGAUUUUCUGGGAAGAUGAUAAAAGGUGUGUUAUUUUAAGAAAAAUGUCAAUUUUAGUGGAUGGACGGAAAGAUGAAGAAAUAAACCUAGAAGAUAGCAGCCAACUAAAGAACAUGAAGUUUGUUGUGAAGGAAGGAGCAAAGUACAGGAUCAUGAUCACUUUUAAUGUUCAGAGAGAAAUUGUUGCAGGCUUGAAACUUAUUAAUAAAAUCUCCAAAGGACCUUUCAAUGACAAAGAAGAGUACAUGGUAGGUAGCUAUGGGCCAAAAAAAGAGGUAUAUGAGUUCAAAUCUCCAGAAGAAGAAUUUCCGUCUGGCAUGUUGAAGCGUGGCGAUUACAAAGUGAAAAGUUCAUUUACAGAUGAUGAUAAAAAUGAUUUACUGUCGUGGGAGUGGCAAUUUUCAAUAAAGAAGGACUGGAAAGAUUAAUGCUGGGAUCAUUUUAAUAUGUAACUGAGCGACUACAGAAGUACAAGGAGCAAUACCACUGAACUGCUGAGCAAGAAUUUAAACAUGUCACAAAUUAAUAAGUUGUAACUUUUUACAAUUUUUUCUGGUCUUAAAGGUCCAUUACUAAGGGAAAGUGAGUUGGCAAUUUUUUUCAUAGCCAGUGCAUAGACUUCUGCAAGACACUAAAUAAUGAAGAUUGGCAGGUCAAAAUUUACAGAAGGUUUUUGGAACUCAAAGAAAUGUAUGUGUUUUAUGUUGAAAUUUCAAUGAAUCGACAGAAUGACCCCCCAGGUCUUUUUAACUUUCUUCAUACUUCAUAGAAAAAUAAUUGUACAUAUACUGCGAUUUAUUUCGAAUUUCUACAUACCAACUUUCAUUUUCCAAUAAAAUGAAAUAGUUUCUGUGCUUUUUAAAAGAAAUUAAAAUGUUCACUUUCCUUAGUAUUGGACCUUUAAAGAUGCAUUUUCUAUUCUGUAAUCUAAUUGCUACAAUUAACUUCAUACUUCACAAGAAUUCUAGUUUUUGUGUCAGGUGUGCUCAAUAAAAGCAUACUGUAGAUACCCAUUUAUAAGGCACAGUUUUUUUGACACCCAGGACCACCCCUACCACCCCUGAAUUGUAGAUGCAUAUUAUAUAGAGGUUUAGAGGAUUUUCCAACUUUAAAACAAGUUGUUGUUUUUUUAUGAUUUGCACCAUUCCAGUAAAGGGAAACUACUCUCCAUUUUGAAGACUGUCUAGGCUAAAAACUAAUAGUGCUGUUACGUUCCAUAAUACAUUAGAUUGAUUGCUCUUUUAAACAAAAUUUUAUGUAAAUUUGUAAGUAUUUUAAAGAAAUAAUAGAAAGCAUAAAUACUAUGACACUAAUUAAAGAUCAAGUAUUAUUUUUAACCGAGAUCAAACUAGAAACAACAAAACUAAAACAAGGUGUCCGGCUAAUUGUAGAGAAUUAUCAGCCGUCUGAUCUUGAAUAGACGGUUACACUUUUUUUUAUUGGUUUGAAGUGAAAAGCUCAAGUCAUUUUGCAAGGAGAUGCAAAUCCGAUAUAUUGCUAAAAAAAUGAUUUCUGUUUAUUCAUAAAUUCUUUUUCGUUAAAGAAAUUCGUUCAGUUAAAUGAGAUGUGUUGCGCAUGUGCGGAGGCAGUGUUGCUUUAAUGGCGGAUCAGUAUCAACGUUGUUGAACUGCAAUACGAAUUUCUGAUUGUAGAUCAAAAUUAAAUAAAUUUUAAUCGCUACUCUGUACAGCAAUUGUUGUAAUAGUUAAUUCAAACAAAAUUUGACGUUAUAUCUUGAGGAUUUUGAGUUUAUUCAAGGAAUAAACGUGAUUAUUCGAGUGGGCAUUUCUGUUUAUUCAUAAGUUAUCUAAGAUUGAAAUAAAAGAAACAACAAAGAAAUUGAGAUUUUAUUGGUUUUAUUUUCAAGAUAGCAAAAAUUGAUGGUAUAGUGAGACCAAUAAGGCUCUACAUCACUGAGGUAAAAGUAUAGCAGGUAUUGAUGUAAACUUCUACUUAAAUUUUCAAUCUACCUCAAAAUUGUCCAAAAAAAAAAAGUGUUUUCCAGGAUGUUUGGCUAAAAUCGAAAUUGUAUGGGUAGACAUUAUAUGGGUAUAGAUAUGGGUAUCUAUGGUAAUGUUUGAAAUUUUUGUACUUGUGCUAAAAAAGGACUAGUGUAUUUCUUCAAGUUAAGCAAAAUAAUAAACAUCAUGCUCUAGCCUUGUAUUGCAUUUGUAACAUGAAACUGAUGUCUCAGUAUUUAAGCAAUUGUUUUAGACAUUUUAAACUAACAAGUCCUUUAUGAUGCUAAUUAAUUGUAUUGCUAAGUGUAUUAUAAUACUAGCAUUCCAGUUGCUCAUCUGACAAUUCCCAUCAAAUUGUCUGUAAUUCCCAACUGUUUGUUGUCUAAUGCUAGGUUGCCCCUGAUACUUUUGUACAUAGACAUAAUUUUAGUUGAAGCCAGUGAACUAAGGUAAAAACGAUUUUUCAAAAUUUUGAGCUGAAAAUAUCUUCUAAUGGUUGAGAUAGUAACUAUAAAUGAUGGACUAAAUGUCUGAGCCUUAUUGAACGCUCAAAACAAUUAGAAAAUUUUGUCACUUUGGCCCAAUUUUGUUGCAGUUUAUCACAGGACUCGUGUACUGCCUUCUUGUUGAAAUUUUUGAUACAUGCAUCAUUUAAAUCUGAAUUACCAACUUUUAUGUACUUAGUUUUGGCAGACUGUACAAUGGUUUUGUUGAAGACUUAAACUAUAUGAAGUCAGUGAUCUGCUAUUUUUGUGAAGGGCUAAUGCAUUUUUUGUCUGUGGCUGCUAGCUGUCUUUAUUUUGUAAUUGUUUACAUAUUUUUGUUGAUCAAAGUUUUCAGGUAUUUCAACAGUGUUGCAAGGUAUGUGAUCAAAAUUCAGGUACCAAGACAAGUUGAUGAAUUUUUUUUUGCAAAAGAGGAAAGGUCGUCCUGAAUGGUAACAGAUAGUGCUUUAGAUGUGUAAUGGUGCAUAAUUUGUGCAAUGUAUUCAGCAUUUGAAUGUUGUUGGUUUAAAUAUGUAAACAGUAAUAUAAAGCCACAAAUCAAGUUGCAUUAUUUUUGUGAAAGUAAUUUUUGAAGUAUUAAGUAACAGCGAUAUGUUUAAAUCUGAUGUUACCAGCGCUGUAUGUCCCAAGAUAAGCACCCACAGGGCUUUAAAUUUUCAGUGGAAAAUUCUCAUUUGGGAACAACUACAUAGUUUAUAUAAAUACAUGGAAAAAGAUAUAUGUUUAAAACAACUAUUUGCUAUGACACUUUCUGACCUGUUUGGACUUCUGUUUUAAUUAAUGCUUUGAAUUAAUUGUGUGAACCCAGCUAUUCUGUGUAAAAAAAAGUAACCCUGCGGGUGGAGUGAGGGUGCAUUUAUUUAGGAUUAUGCAGUGUAACAGUUUUUUCAGGUGUAAAUGGGAUAGAAUAUGCUGUUUUGUAUUACUUAUAGAUUGUUUUGUAAGAAAACAACAACAUUGUCUUGUCUUUUUGAACUGUCUGUAUUUAUUCCUUAUUGUGCCUGUACAUCGUUUUCAUAUAAAUAAUCAGCGUGCCAUUUUGUUGGGACAGUUUUUUGUAGCAUUUUAACACCUUGCAAAUGUAUAGUAUGGCAUUGACGUUCAGCAUAUGAAAAAAAUCUUGAAUACUGCUGGACCAGUUCUUACAAAUAGAGCUUGCCAAAACAUGACGUUGUCAUAAUUGAGAGUGUACCAGGUUUGUUGCUGUGCUAGGUAAAAGUAGUUCCAGAUUUAGACCUUUUAUACCUGUUUAGAAAUAACCUCCCUUUGAUGAAUAACAUGGUUAAGAAAUUGAAAUUUUUUAAUAGUAAUGAAAUGUAGACCUAAUAUUGAUGGUUGAAGUUAUUCCAAAAGAAAGAGCUUGGUAGGAAUAUUAGUAUGCCAUGUAUUAUUUGUGGAUCUCUCAGAUACUUGCAUCAUAUACAUAUAAUUAUGUGAUUCCUGUUGUAUAAAAUUUUCACAAGAUCUGUUUCAAAAAUCAUUACCUUCAGGAACAAUUUUUUAAGGAAUUGAUUUACUGUAUGUUGGAAUAAAUGUUACAUCCCACAUUGAACCGCCUUCUAAGAAUUACAGAUAAAAGGGUGCUUAUUCUAUGCAAGUUAUUUAGUUAUUCAUUAAUUUAUAUGAACAAUAUGUAUGUGAUUUUUUUGGAUGAUUUUCCUUCUUUGUACUAAAUAAAUGAUAAUGCAAUAAUUCUUUAUCUUUCUAUGUAAACGUAUUUGUCUCUUGCCUUUUAUUGUUUUGUAGUUUUUGUACUUGUAAUAAAAAUGAAAAUAAACAUACAACUUUCUAUCUUGAGAAGUGCUGCUAGUGUUUGACCGUCUUGUUAAAGCUUUCUUUAUAUAUGAACAUGUAUAUCAGUGUUUAUGAUGUCAUUUAUUCACUCUGUCAGUAACAUACUAUCAGAUUAAAUAAUAUGUAUGCUCACACAA